AUGGCGCCUUCCGAUCGUCUCAAUCAGAUUAACAAGCACCUUAACUUCCCGGCUGGUCUCCUUGCUGGGCAAGUGGCUAUCAUCACUGGUGCGGGCCAAGGUAUCGGUGCGGAGGCUGCUCGGCUGUUCGCCAACGAAGGCGCAAAAGUCGUAGUAGCAGAUAUCGAUGGCAAGAAAGCCAACGCGGUCGCUGACGCCAUUAACGCCGCCGAGCCUGGCCGCGCCUUGGCUGUGGCCGGCGACGUCCUCGACAGCAACUACAUCACCGAACUCGUGAAGCGCACAGCCGAGUUUGGUGGUGGCAAGAUCCACAUUAUUGUCAACAAUGCUGGGUUCACUUGGGACGGUGUGAUUCACAAGAUCACCGAUAAGCAAUGGGAUACCAUGCUUGCAGUGCACAACACUGCGCCUUUCCGACUAGUGCGAGAGGCGGCGCCGUAUUUCCGAGUCAAGGACAAGGAGCCGCGCGUUAUUAUCAACAUCAGCAGCACAAGCGGUAUUCACGGUAAUGCUGGCCAGGCCAACUACGCAGUCGCCAAAGCCGGCGUUGUCGGUCUUACCCGCACAAUCGCUAAAGAAUGGGGCCCUGCCUUUGGUGUGCGCUCUAAUACGAUCGCCUUUGGCUACGUGACCACCCGUCUCACAGCUGCCAAGGAAGAGGGCGCCUUCGUCACCACCCCUGACGGUACUAAGGUGGCUCUGGGUAUUCCCGGCAAGCAGCUUGCUAGCAAGAAGGGAGAUGAGGCCAAGGCUGAGACUUUCCCGGAUAUUCCACUGCGGAGACCAGCGAGCCCUGAAGAGGCAGCACGUUCAAUCUUGGGUGUUGCUAGCCCGUACUUCUCCUAUGUGAAUGGGGAGACGAUCCGGGUUACUGGUGGGCGCAAUAUGUAA